AUGGCAGCAGGCAUGGUCACAGACACUGACAGCAGGGUUAUCGCAGGCACGCCGAGGCAGCUUCGGUUGGGCGUCUCCUCGGUACCCGGCUGCCAAGUAGGCGUGUUCGCCGCCGACCACAUUCCGAAGGACACGCAGAUGGGACCGUACCCGGGCGCACCAAAGCCGGCGCUAGCCCUCUGCAGAGACCCAGCGCUCGUCUGGGAGGCCAUCGAUGGUGCCAGCGGCCGCGUGCGCUUCUUCGUGGACGGUGCCGAUGCGGUGAUGCCGUCGUGGAUGACGUAUGUGCAGUGCGCCCGCCACGAACAGGAGCAGAAUCUGGACAUGCUGCUGCUCCUUCCCGAAGGCGGCCUCUAUUACAGGGUCACAAAGGCCAUUCACCCGGACGAAGAGCUCCUGGUGUGGUACGACGGCGAGCUGCCUCACUACAUGGGCAUUCCAGAUGCCUUGCUGCCAUCGGACACGCCGGUAAAGGAGAAGCCGCAAGACGGCAGCAGUGGCCCACGCUCGUGUGUCAACGGGAGCGGCAGCAGCAUCUACGGCUCGUCUACGGCGCCUAGUGGCGGCUCAGGCCGGCUGAAGUGUGUGGUGUGCAGGCGCGGCUUCAACUCACGAAGCAACCUGCGUUCGCACAUGCGCACACACACGCUGGAGAAGCCCUUCGCGUGCAAGUUCUGCGGCCGCUCGUUCAGCCAGUCCUCGACGCUUAGGAACCAUCUGCGGCUGCACACCGGUGAGCGACCGUACAAAUGCCUGGUGUGCCAGCGUGCCUACAGUCAGUUGGCGGGACUGCGUGCUCACCAGCGCAGUGCUCGGCACAGGCCUCAGAGUGGCGCUCCUCCUGGCAGGGAGUUUGGUGACGAGGGAUGUGGUCGUGACGAAGUCAGGUCCCGGAGAGGGCCGCUGCCUGAGGUGCCGACUCGGAAGGAACAGGCCCUGCCCUUGUGCCGACCCCAAGGACCCACGACAGCGAACCCAUUGCAUAGCUCCCUGCUCUCUGUGUAGAGUUGCCUGCAGAAGCUCCUUGGUUCUAGUGUUAAACCGUGUGGGGACUCAAUGACAAUCUAGUGAGGAACCAAGAGAAGCAGUGAACACAUGUGCAGGUCUGAAGACUUUAUCUGCCGGCUGUAGGGUGUCUUGCAGCUGCAUACUACAGCAAGGAAGAGCUAAGUCGCUGGAAAUACGGCUGCUUCAGAGACUUGUGUGGGCCUGCAGACAAGGAAAAAAGAGCGCAAUACCCUUUGGGCCAUUCAUGUUCAACUGUAGAAGAGGAGAAGUAAAGAAAAAAAAAAGGAAUUUAGUUUGCGGGAAUCAGCUUGCUUCGUCGCUCUUGUUGACAAUGACCAAAUAAUGUAUGGCUUGAAGCGUCAAGGGAAUAAAAUCAACGACUCAAUGAAUAAAUUAAUGAAAAUUAUUUAUUCGUCAGAAAAGAACGAGAGACAAAGAAAGGCAGGGACCUGACCACACGCAUGUCCAAUUUGCUACCCUGCAUUGGGGGAGAGGGAAUGAAGCGGCGAAAGGAGAGAAAAAGGGAAGAGAGAGCACACUAGUCGCACGCACACUUGAAGGUGCACACUAAGUCUACAAAUGGUCGGAGACCUGUCGACCUAAAAUACUCUAACAGAGCAUUCGUUGCUUUAUCCAACAGCGACAGAUAUGGUCCAAGAAUCUUGCUUUCUGAAAACGCUCUUAGUCUGUCCGCAGUGCGCGGCACUGGUCAUUGGAAGAAAACAAAAGCACAGGACGCAUUCAGUAUUUCCUUUUACCCCCCAGGAGUCGCACGUCAUACAUUUCGAUGAGGAGUGAGUAGUAUGCUUUCGUGAAUGCAACCCCGAGACGGCAUAACAACGAUACAUUGGAACGGGAACUUUGUGAUGGCAGUUGCAGCUUUAACGAAGAAUCAAGUUUAUGUAGGCGG